UUGUCCCAUCGGAGCACUCACAUUUCCCACAUCCUCUGAAGGCAGCAGGAUACAUCCAGUCAGCGCGCGCCGCGGACGUUAGUUAGUAGUAGUAAAAGCCAUGUAAAAAUGGCGGAGCUACAGAUGCUGCUGGAGGAGGAAAUUCCUGCGGGACGGAGAGCGUUACUGGACAGUUUUACCAACCUGGAGAGAGUGGCGGAGUACUGCGAGAGCAACUAUGUCCAGUCUGCAGACAAGGAGCGAGCGCUGGAGGAAACGAAGAGCUACACCACUCAGUCUCUGGCCAGCGUCGCCUACCUCAUCAACACGCUGGCCAACAAUGUGCUACAGAUGCUGGACAUCCAGGCCUCGCAGCUCCGCCGCAUGGAGAGCUCCGUCAACCAUAUUUCACAGACCGUCGAUAUUCACAAGGAGAAGGUGGCAAGGCGGGAAAUCGGCAUCUUGACCACCAACAAGAACACGUGUCGUUCUCAUAAAAUUGUUGCUCCGUCCAAUCCAGAGAGGCCGGUGCGCUAUAUCAGGAAGCCCAUCGACUACGGUGUGCUGGAUGACAUAGGACAUGGAGUCAAGUGGUUGUUGAGGUUCAAGGUGAACGGCCAGCAGAACAUGAAACUAGGAGGGGGUCUGUCACGGUCGAAUCCCCCAACUCAGAAACCACCCAGCCCUCCAAGGGCGGGCAAGGGCAUCUUAGGGAAGAAUUCCCCCUACAGGACACUGGAACCAGUUCGCCCUCCAGUGGUGCCCAAUGAUUAUGUCUCCAGUCCGACCAGAAACAAUAUGGCUGUCGGUCAGCUUCCUAGUCCGGUUCGCACUGCCACCCUCAACCAUCGACCCCGAACAUACAGUGGUAGCAGUGGAGGCAGCCAUCCCAGCAGCAGCAGUCGGAGCAGCAGCAGGGAGAACAGUGGCAGCGGCUGUGUGGGCAUUCCCAUCGCCGUGCCGACCCCGUCUCCACCCUCCACCUUCCCAGUUUCCCCGACUGCUGGUCCAGCUAGCACUUCCUCCACAGCUCCCAACUCCUCCCCUUCUCCCUCCCCUACUCCUUCCUCCUUCUCCUCCUCUUCCUCCUCCACCACAACCUUAACACAACCCAACGCACCUUUGCCACCAAACUCACCUCCACAACACAGCGACUCACCUCCUCAGCCAAACUUACAAUCGAACGCACCAAUCGCCAGCACCCCCCCACCCUCUAACCCCUCACCCAGCACCUCUGAGGUCCAGUCAGAACUGUCCCCCCUCCUUCCUCCUGUCCCUCCUCCUCCACUUUCUUCCUCCUCUUCCUCCUCUUCACCUGCUGAAGGUCCUAUUGUUCCUCAGUUCUACAGCAUGAACCGGCCUCAGCCUCGACAGCAGGCACCACAGGUAGGGGGAUCACUACCGUACCGCCGCCCCCCCUCUGUAACUGGUCAGCCAAUUGUCACACAGAACCAGGUCAAUGGUGGUCCCUACUAUAACCAGAGUCCAGCCUCCCCUCCACCACCCUCCAUCCUCCAGUUCACGCCUCAGCUUCCUCUUAUGGGAUUUGUUGCUCGAGUUCAGGAGUCCAUUUCAGACACUCCUCCUCCGCCUCACCCAGCCAAUGAGAGCCAGUCUGGGCCCGAGGAGCCACUGUCCACUACUCCUCAGCCACAGGAAGACGGACAUGAAGAGGAGGAUUCAGCUGUAGUGGAGUACAAUGAUCCUUAUGCGGAAGAAGAUCCACCGUGGGCUCCUAGAAGCUAUCUUGAGAAAGUGGUGGCCAUCUAUGACUACGCAGCCGACAAGGAGGAUGAGUUGUCAUUUCAGGAGGGAGCAAUCAUCUACGUCGUCAAGAAGAAUGAGGACGGGUGGUUUGAAGGCGUGAUGAACUCCACCACCGGCCUCUUCCCCGGAAACUAUGUUGAGUCCAUUAUGCACUACGCUGACUGAGGAAGACCUUGGUUUAGUUUCUUUGAUCUGAACUAGAGAAGAAAAGUUUGAUUCCAGUUUUUAGACUCACUCUAACCAAUCACAAUCAGGUCAGAGCUUAUGAAGAAAAAACUGCAUUUUAUUAGUCCUAGUAUUGUUUAUUAGAGAGAGAGAGUCUAUAUCUUACCCAUAAGGCCUUUUGUUUAGUGGUUCACGUUAAGUUACCUCCACUGAACUUGUCUUGUUGGAGGACUGAGAGCUAUUUCUGUUGUCUUGGUUCUAAAAUUUGAAACGUAUCGACACUAGUAGCGUUUCGCCUACCUACAAGUAUAAAGAUGACGAAGCCUUGUUGUGUUUCUUCUUCUUCUUCCUCUUCCCAGUUAAACUCAAAGAAGUAGUGAAAUGUGAAAACACUGCCGUCAUCUGUUUUGUCAGACAUGCAACAGCAUUUCUACUGAGCUCUGUUUUUCCUGUACAGGCUACUAUACUCACUAUGAAACAGCGCCUUGCAUGCAGUUGUGUUUACUGACAGACUUCAUUUUUUAAAAUUGUCAUGUGUCACCUGGCAUUUAAGAUUUGUCUGUACAUAAUUGUCUGCAUUACAGAGGAUUCAGUCUCUUAAGAAGCAAUACAUUACAUCAGAUCACUCUAACUAAACCAGCUUAAACAGCAAUAACCCCCCUCAAGACUAACAAAAAUUUUAGGUUACUAAAAUGUUUAUAUUGUGUGAGAAGUUCCACAACUCCUCAAACUCUCCAACAAAUCCAGUAUGGGUAAAUGUUCAUAAAUUUACUGACAAAUCAUAGGUGAGGCGCGUUUUUUAUUGGAGCAAAAAACAUAAAAGCAAAUAAGAUACAAUGGCAAAGACAUAAUAAAUCAAUAUUAUAUUUAAUAUGCAUAUCAUAUCAUAAUAUGCAUAUGUUGAAGUGCAGUUAUUCUUGGACUGAUGCUGACAGUUUGAAGAUUUUGAAGAACUUAAGGCUUUUACCUAAACUGUGUUUAUUAAUUAUUAGUCUUAUUACUCUAUUCUGAGAAAUCAGAUGAAUUUAACAGACAUGUUUAUUUAAUGCUAAAGUUAUAGAAAGCUAACUACACUGCUAAAGUCAGAGCUCCAUCUCAAGUGAAAGCUAGCUUUAAAUGAUAAUCAAUUAACAGCUGUUAAGGCAUCUCUUAAGAAGCAUACGUGAAAGAAUUUGUCAUUCUGAUUGUCCAGUUACCUGGAGAGAUACUUUCAUCCUGUGUAUCAGUUGAAACACGACCCAUAAUGAAAUCCAAAUGGUGUCUUAAAGAGUUGUUUCUGGUUAAACCAGGCUAAGCCUUAGCUAAAAGUAAAGCCAAGUUCAGUGUGAUUUCCCCAUCAAAACAUACAUUUUAUAAAAUCUAAAUCACCUCAUGGUGGGGAUUAAAAUAAAGCUAGCUUAGCAUAUCUCAGUAGCUGCUUUGAAUCAUGAAGGUCAGUCAUUAGGUGGAUACACUGCCUUUAAACCACCGACUUGCAUGUGAAACAUAUGUAAAUAUGUUGGUAUUUGAAGCACUUGACUCUUAUAAGCUAUAAGCAGUAAAUUUUGUUUAAAAUUUACUAAACAUAGGUCAGAAAUGUAAGGGAACGCAAUUUAUAUAAAAAAAAAAUCCAGAGGCCAAGUGCACUAUAUGCAGUUUUUACCCUUUGUGUAAGUUUAUGCUCUAAAAAAUUAAAGAAAGCACAGCAAUUUAAAACAAUAUUCUAAUAAUUCUAAACCAGUCAAAAGCUUGGACACACUUUCUCAUUGGAUUGAAUGAGAAGGCAUGUCCAAACUUUGACUGGUAGUGUAUGUGAGAUAUACUAGUUGAACUAGAAACUAACCAGCUAAAACCUAAAACUCCCCUUUCAGUACUUAUUUAAAUUUUGUAAGAUAUUCCUUUUAAUUUUGGUAAUUUUCUUGGAAGUAUUUGCAGGAAUACCAGAGCCCAGUUCCUCUCAUGGUGUAGACAAAUCUUAAAACUCACCACUAAAAACGAAAAGAAGUUUUGACACAUGUAUUGCAUUAAAUCUGGUCGUUAAGGUCAGACCCUCUAGUGAAGUUAUUAUUCGGCUGAUACCAAACUGCACCAGGAAAUUGAAGUAUUCAUCUUGAAUUAACAUGUAUAAGAAGUUCUCCCCCUCCUUCACAUCUGAGCCUUUUGAUUUCACCUUGGUUUCCUGUAGUUGUGUAGUUAUCCUCACAAAUCGCCAGGUAGAGAUUCUGGACCUGUUGCCAGUUUGAAGUUUACAGUAUGUUUGCCUGCAUGCCUGAAUUGCAGUAUAUAACUGACAUUUUUAUUCACCUUGUUUUCAUAUUCUCUGUAUUUUAUUUUAUUUUUCUUUCUGUGGUUUGAUUGACUUGCUUCAGUCUCGUCUGAUCAGCUGGAGGUUGUGAUGUUCUUGUGCAGUGUCUUGGUUGUUACGGCCCUUUAACAGAAGUCCUUUGUUGAUGGACUUUACGCUGACCUAUAUAGAGGGUGAUAUUUUUCUGUGUUUUGUGGUGUGAAUGCAGAUCUGUGUGUGUAUGUGUGUGAACCAGUAUGAACCAAACCUUCCCUCGUGGACUGAAGUGACUGUGGACCUGAAGACAGUGUGUCCUUGUUGUACAGUGUUAUUUAAGAGGGCAUUUCACAACAAAAAACCAGAGUAUGUUCAUUUUGUACCUUUAUCGUCUCACAGAGAAAACUGUUUGGUCAAAAAACAUUUUCCACCAGGCUUUAACAUAGUUUGGUUGCAAUUAAUUAUUAUUUAUGUUACCAAUCUGUAUGUUUUUUUUUUUAAAUAACUGAUUAAUUAUUUGGCUUAUAACUUGACAGUAAAUAGUGAAAAACUAAAUUACAAAAUAAAAAAUCUAAUAAAAACAAGUCAAAAACCGUAAUAACUUGUCAGCAAGUUUGAAUCGGUCUAGAUCAAACAUAUAAGAGUCUUCAACAUUUCUUGCAUACUCUGGCUUUUGUUGUUGCCUGCAUUAUCCCUUUAAAGUGUGGCCUGAACAAUUAGAUGAUCUGUGAAAUGUUAAACUUCUCCGAGCCAUAUUCUUUGUUUUUUACCAGGAAGCCGCUUCGACGUCUUUACUUAAUUAUCAAACCUUUAACAGCUCCAUUCUGUAUCCAUAGUCACAUGUGCAAUGAAAAUAUUGAAUCUUUCAAGGAAAACUUUUGUUUUAUUGCUUUGAGUUUUACUACAAAACCACUUUUACAGUGCAUUGAAUUGGUGGAAUUUAAACAGAAAUAUAAACUUUCUCCUGGGUUGUUUCACUUGAGCCUCAGAAUUUAUUGCUUUUAUUAAAAUUCUUCUUCACAGUCCGAAGGAUCUUCCUGGUAGAAAACAGCAACCGGAGAAGCUUUUUGCUUUCCACAAAAAGAACCAUGACUGAAAGCACAUCGCUCCUUUGUAAGAAAGAAGCAAAGUGAAAUUAUUCAGUAAAUGUUUUAACAGCC